UGAACAGAACGUUUGUUGAUAUUCCUGUGCUCUCGUGUGUGUAAGUGUAUCUGUUAACCUUGCGAUGCUAAGUGUUGUCGAAUACUCGAGCAGCUCUGAUGAAAAUGACAUUCAUGAUUCAACGGAAGCAAUUCUUCCACCCACCGUCUCUGACAAACGAUCAGCUUCACCGUCAAAUGACACCAGCGAUUGCAAACGCUUAAAAACUGUCGAGCCAGAAAUUCGACGUGAAGACCAGCUCCUCCCUCUGCCUUCAGCAAUACAGAAGUUGUAUGAUGAUGGAACUGAGAAGACUCGCAGGGUGGAUAACAGUAAACAUUGUGGCCGGAUACGAUCCUUUGCUCAUGUGGAAGGCAACUGGGCCACAUUUGUGUAUGUCCCAGUCACCCCUGACGACAGACUUCUGGAACUGUUCACCUCCCUGCUCUCAUGCCUCCGCCCCCUCAAGUUCCAACUGAUGUCAGAUCACCAUGUGACCCUCUCUCGAACCGUAGUGAUCCGGCACCACUGGAUAGAGUCACUCAGAGACUCCCUGAAGGAAAAUCUCUCAUCUUGUGAUGGCUGUAUCUGUGAUAUUGUGCAACCACGACUCUACACCAAUGAUGAGAAGACCAGGACGUUCCUGAGUCUGGAAGUUCAGGAGGAGGGGACUCACUUACGUCACUAUGUGGAUGUGGUCAACAAAUGCUUCAAGGAGUUCCGAUUACAGUCGUACUACGAGAAUCCAUCUUUUCACAUCAGCAUCGCUUGGUGCUUGGGAGAUGUUACAGCUGAUGUAACCGACCAAAAGUUCCGUCAGAUGAAGAAAAUGGUUCAAGUGUUUGGCCGGGAGAAUCCAGAUCUCAGUGUCCUCGAGGUUCAGGAGAUCGAGUGCAAGUCAGGGAACAAGGUGUUCCGGUUUCCACUACAGCAGGACAGCUGACCCUAGGCAAAUAAAAUCCUCACACAACA